AUAACGCUGUUAUAUAUAGAUGGUGAAAAACGAAAGGAAUAGCAUUCACCAAAAAACAACAAAAAGAAUAGCUUAGUGAGUGAAGAGGGAAAAGGAAGCAGCAGAUUCUCAUUUGAUCUCGCCGGGGUUCCUCAGAUCUGAGCUUACCGUCGCCGGAGUCCAACUCAGUCGCGGGUCGGAUUCUUAGGUAUCACUGCACCGUCAUUCGUUUUAGCCUCCAUAUAAGAGCUUUUGGUUCGCUUCAAAUUCGAGGUUUGAUUUGAAGUGAAAGGUGGAAUAGCUUAACUGUAGUGUCAAACUACCAACACAGACAAGCAUGGGAAGCCAAGACAACACCGCAGCAUCAAACUCAUUUCUAGCUUACAAAUCUGCUAAGGUGUUUGUUGCCGGUCACCGGGGUCUUGUUGGGUCGGCCAUUGUUCGCAAGCUGACCCAACUUGGGUUCACUAAUCUAGUCUUACGCACUCAUGCAGAGCUUGAUCUCACUAGACAAUCUGACGUUGAGGCUUUCUUUGCCUCUGAAAAACCUGAAUUUGUCAUUGUAGCUGCUGCCAAAGUUGGUGGCAUCCAUGCCAACAACACCUACCCUGCUGAUUUUAUUUCCAUCAACCUCCAAAUCCAGACCAACGUCAUCGAUUCUGCUUAUUGCCAUGGGUCUAAGAAACUGUUAUUUUUGGGUUCCUCUUGCAUUUACCCCAAAUUUGCACCCCAGCCGAUUCCUGAAGAUGCCUUGCUUACUGGACCUUUAGAGCCCACAAAUGAAUGGUAUGCCAUUGCAAAGAUUGCUGGGAUCAAAAUGUGCCAGGCUUACAGAAUUCAGCACAAAUGGGAUGCAAUUUCAGGAAUGCACACCAACUUAUAUGGACCACACGAUAAUUUUCAUCCCGAGAAUUCGCAUGUUUUACCUGCUCUCAUGAGAAGGUUUCACGAGGCAAAGGUCAACAAUGCCAAGGAGGUGGUGGUUUGGGGCACAGGGAGUCCAUUGAGGGAGUUCUUGCACGUUGAUGACUUGGCGGACGCGGUUGUCUUCAUGAUGGAAAAGUAUAGUGGACUGGAGCAUUUGAAUGUAGGAAGCGGAAAAGAGGUUACUAUUAAGGAAUUGGCUGAGUUGAUGAAGGAAGUGGUGGGAUUUGAGGGAGAUCUUGUUUGGGAUGCUACUAAGCCUGAUGGGACUCCAAGGAAGCUGAUGGAUAGCUCCAAACUUGCAAGCCUGGGUUGGACACCAAAAGUCUCACUCAAGGAUGGCCUUGUUGAUACCUACAAAUGGUACUUGGAGAACGUGAAUCUAUGAUUCAGCAGGUUAAGAAGAAUGUGCCAUGUCAAAUUUUAUAGGUACCUGUCAUUUUUGUUAAAAAAUAAUUAUCCUUGACCAAUUUUUCUGUACCAAUUAUGUGGAACCAAAAUUUUAAUGUUUUCUUUUUUUGUUUUCUAGAGAACAUGAGAAUUGAGAAUCCAAGUCUCACUCAUUGUUAAAAAGUAUGAACAGAGAGUUGUAAUUUCAUGAUCGUAGAUAUCUCUUGCACACAUUCAAGAUAUUCAAUGUUGGUUUUCAAUUAACUAUUAUAAUUAUUGCAUGAUGGUUAUUCGG